UUAUAUAAAUAAAUUAUGGUAUGGUUAAGAAAUAAAAAGCUCAAGUCCAACCUCAUUACGAUUACCUGGACACAGAGAAGAUCACAGAGUUUGUCUCCGUCAAAUACACACGAUCUUCCUGCUUGUGCACCGGAAGUGGGCAGCAGGUGCCGCAGGAAGUGCCCGUGUCCAGCCCUGCUUCUAGAAGAAGAGGAACGAGAAGCUAACGAUAAAAUGAGUGCUGCUGUACCCAACCAUAGAAGGACCAAGCCCGGUGGCAUAAAGCCCGGGGCGGUGAACAGCGGCGUGACGGGACCGACCUCCCAGAUCCCCGGGCUGUGCCAGACCGCCACCGAAAGCGCUCCAGUGGAGAGGAUCAGCGGGCGGCGAGUUGGGAUAUUUGAGACGGACUCGGACUACGUCAAGCUUGCGAAGCAGGGGGGACACAAAGGGCUGUUGAGCCACGAUGUGGACGAUGACGACAUGCCGAAGACACCCUACAAUCCACCCAACUGGUUUGGAGAUGAUGAGUCAAAGAGCGGAAGCAAGGAAACGUCUCCCGAUGGCCAGCCGAAGGGAGGCAGGCAGCCUCUCGCCCCGCCGUUUGGCACUGAUAACAGUACAUCCUGGGAAAGAGAGACUGAUAGAUUUACCCAGGGUAAAGAGAAGAUGUCUCCUGAUGCUCCAGCCUCUGAGAUGGAGGGUCUGACAUUAACCAACAAAUACAAAAGAAGGUCUUAUGAUAAGAAGACUCCACCCGUCAGCAUGUCCAAGCUGCUGAGUCACGGCUACGUGGAGGGGCAGAAGAAGUCACUCAAUGACGACGAUGCCUCAAGUGUGACCUCAGAACAGACGAGCACCGUCGCGACGGAGGACGUGGACGAUCUGGAGUAGUGAGCACAGGUCCUGGUCUGGAGGGGAAUGGGGGGGGGCGUCUUAACACUGAUUCAUGGUGUCACAAAUCCACGAAGGCACUGCUCUGCCCCUCUUGGAAUCACUCGCAUUUACUGUACAUCCACUGACUGUUAUGUUUUUGUACUCAUGUUUAUGCAAAGGUACUGUCCUCUCUCCCUAUUUAUUUGCUUUAAUUUGUAAAAAGAAGUCAGGCGGGUUUUAUGUUUGAGUAGAAGUGUCGGUGCUCACGGUGUCUUUUAUUUGUUUUGUCGUUCCUCGAUUUGAAAGACGAGUCAUGUGCAGGGCCGGAAACUAACAGGCUGGUUGUUUCCACCUCAUGUGCCGUUAGUUCCCCUCCCUGGUUGUAUGAAGAUCGAGUUAGUGAAGUAACCAAGUGUUUGUGCUUAUAAAUUGUGGUUCCAGUGACGUGACAUAUUUAUUCUUUUUGACCAAAUGUUCCUGCUGUCUGAAGGGAUGCUACAGGUUGGUGUGUUUGCUGAUGCGGGGGCAAAUACGCUCAUUCGCUGAGACAGCAGCCCUGCGGCUGUGACCACGUGCUAAAACGAAUGCUGAUGGCCACAGCCGCCACAGUUUGUUUGGACCAAAAGUGAUUUUUUUUUUUCUUUUUCUUUUUUUUUUAGCUUGCUGCUCUGCAAAAGGUUGCCUUUUCUCACAAACCCCUUCGCCCCACAACGCUGUCAUUGUUGAGGCUAUAAAAUCCAGAAACAUGGACUCACAAAGACUCAUUUUUCCUCAGUAACAAGGCUCAACAGAACAGAAUAUAACAAAGAACCAAAUGUUGGAGUCCAGGCCAGAUAUGUCAGCAGUUUCCCAGUCAAAGAUCUAAACUUACUCUAUUCUCCAGGUUAAAGCCCCUCUCUGCUAAAUCAGUGCAUUUUCCUCCAGCUUAAAAAACCCAAAUCUCACACAACAGAUAAAACAUCCUGGACAACUUUGGGGAGAACGACUUCCUUCUGCAGGCCGACAAGCUGAAAGUCAAUUCCAGUGUAAUUCCCAGUGAAGAUUAAGGCAGGAGAGGAUUUUUUUUUUUUCCCCUUCGUCUUUUUUUAAGUGAGUUCUGAACGUGCCAACCAAGCAGUUUUUUCCCUGCUCAUGCAGUGUUUAGACUUCGUAGACGUCAGUAGGAAGAAGUUAGUGUUAGUGCACAGCCCAGUCACGCUGAGCCCUCCACCUCAUGACGCGAUGGAGAGUUUAUUCUGAUCAGAUGAGAGGAAUGAUUACUGCUGCAGCAUUAAAGGCAAGGAAUACUUCGGUUCAUAUAACAUUUAAGAUAUGUAUCAUAUAACUAUAAAAUGUUGUAAUAAAAUAGCCUAGAAAUGUACUUUUGGGGUUUGAAAUGCAUUGACGCCAAUAGACUAAAUGUUAAAGAUGCACAUAGCCACCACUCUGGAAAUGACACGCUUACAUUGAUAAAAGUGGUUCGGAGUAAAGUAUUAUUAGAUUUAGUAGGCUUGCAUCAAAUAGACUGGUAUUUAUAUUGUGCUUUUUGGCUCUCACUGAGCAUUUAAAAUACUUUAAUCUAUCACACAUACACUCACACGCAUAUUUGGGAUUUGGUCUCUUGUCCGCAGACACUUUGAUACGUGCACCUCCUUGUUAAAACUAUUGACUGUAUAUAUGGAUCGCAUUUAGGACAGGUACUGCCUGCCUUGCUUGCCCUGGUGAUCGGUGCUAUUGAAUGCCAUAAUGGUCCUACUGUUGGUCAGAUAAUUUCCAUUAAAAGAAAAGCUGUAAAGGUUUUUUAACAUAGGAGUCCAUGGGGAUUGACUCACCUUUGGUGCCUGCCUUAAGUGGUCAUUGGAGGAACUGCAUGAUGGUUUAAUUUUUCUGUCCCAGCUGUUGCCGCUUUAUUGAUAACAGUUGUUUUAACAAGGGAUGCACCAAAAUAUGAAGUUAUGAAAUACCAGGCUAUUGAAGUAAAAAAUGGUUAAUGAUCAGAUAUUUUCUCAAGUCUUUUGGGAGCUGUUUGCCCCCCCACCCCCCCACCCCAAGGAAACAAAUGUUUAGUUUAAAAGUACAUCUACAUAUAUAGCUUUUAGCUUUUUAUAGCUCAGUUUUUGGAACAUUCAAGCCUUGCAAAACGGAUGUGACACAGCAGAAAAUUACCUUCUUCCUCCCGCCUAAUAUGCCAACAUCAGUCGAGAGCCAGUGUUGAAUCUUUAGAUUUUAACAUUGUAUUCAAGGUGAUAAUGUCCCUGUGCUUGAUGUAAUUCCCCAAAUUAAAUGCAGGAGACUUUCAGGACCUGAAAAGCUCAGUUUAGGAGCAGACUGAUGCUAUAAAAGUUGAAAAGCUCCCAUCUCCUCCUCCUCUUGUUGCAACAUUAGUUUGACUGUCAGGAUGCCUAGGGGAAAAAAGUAAUGGAUUUCUGUGUUUGAUGGACAUUUCAGCUUUGAGUCAUUUAAUAGUUUUAACUUUUGAGGCGUAACCGUGACAGCAGAAAUCCUAAUCCUUCAGGGACAUUUGUUCGGGGGGGGGGGGGGGUGUUGCUCUUAAAAUGAAAAGGAUAGCGGUGACGUGUUUCUCCUAAUACGUCCAACAAAUUCAUCACCUGCGUGUCAGAAAUGCUGCAGCAGUAACGGACUCUUGUUUGGAAAGAAUUUAAAACCCUUACAAGGGAUGUUUCAUGUUCAACACGGCUGUCUGGUUUUAAUAUAUUUAAUCAUUGAUGCAUAAUUUAUCUCUGUGUGGUGUUUCCAACAUGUUUUUACCGGCACGGUGUUUUACUUUGCAGUGCAAGGAACGUCGAAUGUAUCAUCUUUUGAAACCAUUUGCUUUGAAGAGCGGGUUUAUUUUUAACAAGCUGUUAAAUAUUCAGGUAUUCACAGUUAUUAAAAAAGCAGUGUUUUGUCAUGUGUCUUCCUCGGCUCCGUGUGAGCCGGUGGCGUUAUCGGUUUACAAACCAGUAGUGGGAAACCUUUUAGUGGCUUAACUUUGCAGCUUCCUUCCCGAAGUCUUGUCACUCGUCUUGCUUUCUAUCUGCAAGUUUACUUAAGGUGCACCAGAGGAGACGGAAGAAGGCAGCUGUUAAACAGAGACCAUGCUUACGUUUAAGACCGCACACAGACUCUUUAAUUGUCAUUUAAAUAAAUGGGCAUGUGCAUGUA